AUGUCUACAACUGAUAAACAAGAUAAGAGUAUGUUAUACUAUAGAUUGACAAUGUAUUACUAACAAUUGAUAUAGAAAUUGAUUAUUCAAUUAAGAAUUCAGAUGUUGUUUCGAAAUAUAAAACAGCAGGUGAUAUUUCAAAUAGAGUAUUACAACAAGUCAAACACUUGGUAGUUGAUGGUUCUAAAAUUUAUGAUAUUUGUGUUAAAGGUGAUGAAUUAAUGAAUGAAGAAUUAUCAAAAAUUUAUAAUUCAAAAAAGACUAAGAACGUACCUAAGGGAAUUGCAUUUCCAACUUCAAUUAAUCCAAAUCAUAUUCCAGCUCAUUUAUCUCCAAUUUCACAAGAUGAUGUAGCUAAUUUGGUAUUGAAAGACGGAGAUGUUGUUUCUAUUCAAUUGGGUGUUCAAAUUGAUGGAUUUCCAGCUAUUGUAGGUGAAACAUUUGUAAUUGGUGAAGAAAAAACAAUUGACGGAAAGAAAGCAGAUUUAUUGCAUGCUGCUUGGUUAGCUUCUGAAGCUGCUAUUGGUACAUUCAAACCGGGUAAUAGAAAUUGGGACAUUACAAACAUAGUAUCCAAAGUUGCCAAAGAGUUUGAAACUUCACCAUUGGAAAAUAUGUUAUCUCAUAAUCAAGAAAGAUUAAAAUUGUAUGGACCAAAAGAAAUAAUCUUGAAUCCAUCAAAAGAAAAUAAAUCAUCGAUGGAAACAUGUAAAUUUGAAGAAGGUGAUGUUUUCGGAUUAGAUAUUUUAAUUUCAACAAGUAGUGACGGUAAGGUUAAACCUUCUAAUUUUAGAACUUCAUUAUAUAAAUUAACAGGUGAGACAUAUGCGUUGAAAAUGAAAAUGUCACAUAAGAUCUUAUCUGAAUUUAAAUCAAAAUGUAAUUCUCAACCAUUUCCUUAUAAUAUUAGAAAUUUAGAAGAUCCAAAGAAGGCAAGAGGUGGAUUAGCUGAAUCUGUAAAUCAUAAGAUUUUGUUACCUUAUGAUAUUGUAAUUGAAAAAGAUGGUGAAUUUAUUGCUCAAUUUUAUACUACUUUUGCGUUGACAAAACAUGGUAUUGUAAAAUAUACAUCACCAAAUUUUAACAAAGAUUUAUAUAAAUCUGAUAAAGAAAUUAAGGAUGAAGAAAUUAUUAAAUUGUUACAAGAACCAAUUAAUACUAAAACUAAGUAAGGAUGAAAAUAGGUAAGGAUGCCAUUGAUUGUUUGUUUGUUGCAUCCUGACGGUGAUUGUUGAUUUAUUGCAUCCCGACGACGGUGAUUGUUGAUUUAUUGCAUCCCGACGAUGGUGCUUGUUAUGGUUAUUGUUAUUGCAUCCUUACCUUCUAGUUUAUCUUUGGUGUAUAUAAAAUUCAUAUUUCUCAGCUUUUCAAUUUCUCGACAUUUAUAUUCUUUUUUAAUUACCACUCCAAAUUUCGUUAUAGAUGAGCUAUGAAGAAAAGAAAAAUAACCAACAACAAGAACAACAACUGAUAACUAGAAUGCUAAUGAAUAACGGUAAAAGGAAAGCUGAGAAAGUUGCUAAUGGUCAAAGGAAAAGUGCUAGAUUGGCUGAAAUUCCAAAAUUAAAAUCGAGUCCAAACAUAAUUGAAAAUAAAACCAAUAAUAAUAAGUUGAUUGAAACAAAGAAUAGUAGAAAGAUAUUCAUCGAACCUGAAUUAGCAUCUCCAUGUCCUUCAUAUACUGGAUUACCAUUAGAAGAACCACCAAGUGCAAAGAUUAAAAAGGAAGCAUUAUGGACGAAAUCAAAAAAGGAUUCAACACCGGAUAUAGAAUUAGAUUCAGAAACAUAUCAUGAGAGUUUUGAGAAAUUGAAUGAAGAGGAAGUGGAGGAGAGUGAGUUACGGAGUGAAGUUCAUCCAGUUAAACAAAAACAACCAACUCGUAAAUUAAAAUUAACAUUAAAAACACCACAACAACAACCACUGACUAAAAGACUUAAAAAAAUUAAAAUUAUAUCACCUUCAAAAUCUCCAUCUACGAAAUUAUUAGAUCAUAAAAUAUCAACUACUACCGAGGUUUCAAAUUCACAGGAUGGUAUUGAAAAUGAUGAUUUUUGUUAUGCUUGUGGCUUACCUGGUAUAUUUAUUUGUUGCGAAUCAUGUCCCAAAUCUUUCCAUUUCUUAUGUUGUGAUCCACCAAUAGAUAUUCCCCCAGAAGAGGAUUGGUUCUGUAAAGAAUGUUAUGGAAAGAAAUACCCCUUUCUACUCAAGGACUAUUCAGAUUUUGGUGUUUUUGGAAAAUUGUUAAACGUUUUAGAAGUUAAAGAUAAAAAGACAUUUCAACUACCGAAAUUUCUAAGAGAAGAUACAUUCAAAGGAGUAAUGACAGAUGAUAAUGGAGAUUAUAUCGAUGAUGAAAUAAAACCAAAUAAACCAAUUAAAAAUAAUCAAAUUAAUGGAUUUAAUAAAGAUAUGAAUUUAGAAAUUGAUUCAUUGUAUGAUGAACUGGGACAUCCUUAUUUAUGUCAUUCAUGUGGAGAAUCAGGACAAAAUCAACGUGGUUUAAUUCAUUGUGAUUAUUGUAAUUUGGUCUAUCAUUUAUAUUGUUUAAAUCCACCAAUGUAUGGACCUAAAACAAUUGGAAAUAAAUGGAAAUGUCCAAAUCAUAUACUGGAUUUAUUACCAAGGGGAUUUCCCAAACUUCGACAAUUUAAAGAAACAGAGAAUAUUGAAACCUCAUUACAUUCAAAUUUCAUGAAAAUUGCAUCUAUGGGGAACAUAAUAAUCAAAGUUGAAGAAGAAGAGGUGGACCAUCUUCCAAUUGAGAGAGAAGUUGUAGAUUAUGACGUUUUAAGAAAUUGGGGAAAUGAUAAAUCGGCAAUUCAUCCGAAUUAUAAACCACAAAACUACAAAAUAGAAAAUAAUGAGACAGGAGUUUAUUCGGAAUCAAUAAUUAAGAAAAUGAAUGGGAAUCAAGUUUAUAAAGUACCUGAACGGUCAAUCAUUCUUGAUUUUGUGAAUAAGGUAAGUAAACAAGAUAUUUUAAAUGAUUUAAAAUUAUAUGAUGAUUAUGCAAGAAUAGAAAACAAUAAAGAGGAGUAUGAAUUUGUCAAUAAUAUAAAUGAGAUUAAGGAAAGAGAGAAACGAAGGUUGAAUUUAGAUGCGUUGUUAAAUGUGAUUUCAAAGGAGAAUUUACCUCCAAUACUGUCCAAAUUGAAUGAUUGUGAAAUUGAUGAGUUGAAGAAGGUUAAACAGUUGAUUGAAUUGAAAGGAUAUGAUAAAUUAAUGGAAUUUUUAAAAUCAUGA